AUGGCCAACAUACGUAUCCCUCAUCUUCCCAACGAGAUCCUGUAUGAGAUCGUCAGCUACGUCAACGAUGAGGACAUUCUAAACCUCCGACUCUCAGCCAAAGUCUUUCAAUCCAUCACUGCUGGUCGCUUCGCGUCUACUUUCUUCGAAGACCGCGCCUAUGAACUGUCAGCUAAAGGGCUAAAGGCUCUGGUCAAGAUCACGGAGCAUCCAAUAUUUGCACCUCACAUCAGAACUGUUGUCAUUGGUCAUGGCGGCAAGCACUCUUCGGCAAAAUACCACAACCUACUCGAGCAAGCAUUCCAAAACCUCGCCAUCAUCGGUAACCCGAUUUCUCUGGGACUUCGUCGUGUGCGUACUUCUCACAACAACGAGCCUGACGAUCUCAAAGCCGCGCGCCCUAUGGUCAGAUUCUUGGAAGACAAAAUGCUGGUUGCUGCUGUGCGCGCGCAAAUGCGUCUCGAAAACCUUGUCUCUGAUACACAGGACUCUUCACAGAAUCGUUCGCUCCCCUCGAGCGAGAUUCAUUGGGCUUAUUUCCUUUAUGAUCAAGCCGCCCCUGGUAGCACAAUCCACAGUCGAUUCAGCGGCCUACAGGUCAAGUCGAGCCCGGCAGGAUGCAAUUUGAACAAGUCAGGCGAAAUCCUCAUCAACUUCCAAGCAAGCCGACUCGUAGGCUCAUACUUCAGCUUCACGGGACCGGAGGUGGCUGUGCCAUACACUUUUCCAACAGUAUUCGCGAGAUUCAUUUGGAGAGAUGUGUCUUGGAUGACCACCGCUUAG